AUGGGCAUAUGUCGGGAGCCUAGAGAAUCAAUUCCUAAAUAUAUCCCUGUUCCUUGGUCCGUGCGAGCUUUGUUUAGAGAACCAUGUGAGCAUGUUGCAGAAGAAGUGGUAAAAGUUCUUACGGAGCUUGCAGAAGCCAUAAAAAACCAUCACCACUGUUCACCCCACAUAUCAGAUCACCUUCAUGAAGCUUUGGAAGAACUUGAUACUUCAAUUAAGACUCAACCACAGCUGCUCCUUACUUCCAAUCCAAUCCAAAAAAUUGAAGCAGGCAAGCCUAUGGAGUUACUUGGAUGGCGGAGCCUGGGGCCAGAAGUGGUUAAGGAUAUAAAUGAGAAGAUCACUAACAGAACAAUGAAUAAGAUUAUGAUCACUUGUCUUGACUUUUCAGAGACACUCGCAAUCGCUGCUUUUAUUUCGCUUCUACUGGAGACAGUGGCAAGGCUUGACCUUGUGAUAGAAGAAGUGGAAGAAUUGGGAAAAAUUGCACAUUUCGAGGAGUUCCAUGAAGAAGAACACAUGGAAAUUGUGGUUAUGAGGGACGAUGCAGAUGCAGGUGAAAUAAAGAAGGAUUCUAAGGAUACCCCAAAACUGCCAAUCAGCAUGGAUACAGAGGCGAAUCUGGACAAUAAUACUAAGGGUACCCCAAAACUGUCGAUCAGCAUAGAAAUGCAGGCCAAUAAGUAAAAGAAGAC